GAUCGAUUCCGGUACCGAACUGGGGGUUGAUCAGAACCUGGAAAGGUGCAGCAGCCGGACGUUACAACGGUUUUGAGAGCCAACCCUUGCUCCUGAUGCGUUGUCCAAGAUCCGUGCUGGUAUUCGUACCCGUGACGAGGGAGCAGCGCCCGUUUGCAGGGAACCAAGAUGCUGCCAUGUUGAGAGCCCGCAAUCUGAUCAAUUCAACCCAAGAUUCAUUGGAAGAUAUGCGGGCUUGCUGCUCGCACAUGCAUCCUCAUCACGCGGUGAGCUCUCCCCGGCCUCGUCGGUCCUGCAACACAACGGGUCAGAUGGGACUCGGUGGACUGAUGAGACUGGCCCUUGGCUGUUUGGGGGGUGUGUCCGGCAGCUGUGAUUGGUUUCGUUGCACUCUUCGGCGCGAUGUCACGACGGCUCACGGGAAUGUCAAAGUGGAAGGCUGGACCCCUGACCCCCUUGCCAGGAGGUGCCAUCGCCUUUCCACCCCUUGCCCACCGUUGCAAUGGCCGUUACCGAAUCUCGUUCCACUCCCACUCUCGAUUGCAGGGAGAAAGCUGGCGAUGCAAUUCUGGCUCUGGCCCAAGUAAAUUUAGCAGCGCGUCGGACCCGAUGCCCAGAUGGGGGCAUUCCAAGCGCCUGCUCUGACCGAGAUGGAUGGGCUGGAUAGAUGAAUAGAUAUGGGGGCAUGUAGGAAGAAGUUACACAGUAGUCAAGUCGUCGUUUGUCCGAGUUGGAGACGGCCCCAUCACAUUGCACAGCAGCGGGGUUGACGAGAUGAGGGGAAAGCUGGUCGGCGUGCGGAGAAGUGGCCACAUUGCCGGGCCGGUCGGAGUCGGCUGGCG